AUGAAGCUUCUCACCAAAGCAGAAGAGGAUGCCCACUACAGCGCCGUUCUCAAGUACGGCACAGUGGGCGGAAUAGCUGGUCUAGCAGCUGGAGCAGCUGGCGUCCUCCUCGCUUCAAAACGCUACCACACAAUCCGCCACCUGACACUCCCCAUGAAAGCUUUCCUGGUGACCUCAUCAGGAACCUUUGUCGGCAUCAUCGCAGCCGACCACGGCUCCCGCGAGUUCGAAAAGCAACACAACGCCGAACGAAUGUGGUACGAGAACCGCGAGCAGCGUCUCCGCAUGGAAGAAUCCCGCGGUCUAAGCAUAGCCGAUCGCGCCGUCGCCUUCGCUCGCCGCGAGAAAUACAAGAUCGUCGGCGCGACCUGGGUCGCCUCCAUGAUUGGUUCCUUCGUGUUGGUCGGUCGCAGCCCCCACCUUUCUGGCCAGCAGAAGCUCGUACAGGCUCGUGUUUAUGCUCAGGGUCUGACGCUCGCUGUACUGUGCGCGUCUGCUGCGUUUGAGAUCUCGGAUCAGCGUCGCGGUCGCGGUAUGCUGGAUUCGAAGAAGGGUGAUAAGGCGGCUCAGCUGGCUGAGGCUGCGGAGUCGGUUCCGGCGCACCAUGGCUCGAAGGAAGAGGGUGACCUCUGGAAGGAGAUGGUUGCUGCUGAGGAGCAGCGGUUGAAGUCUAAGCACCAGUCUCUUAGCUUGAAGAGUGAGCAUGAUGCCGCUGAGGCGAAGAAGCAUGCUCAUGAGGCGAAGGCUGAGAAGUCUAAGCAGCAGGAGGAGGACGCUCCUGCCCAGCCUAAGGACGAAUCGGAGUCCGAACAGACCAAGGUUGAUGCUGAAGAUGAGAAGAAGGCUGAGGAUGAGAAGAAGAAGGUUGAGGAUGAGAAGAAGGCUUAA